CAGAGAGUGAUAGAGAUAGAGAGAGAGAGGGAGAAAGAGAGAGAUGGGUGUUUUUCCACGGAGCUGAGAUAGAGAGCGAGUCGCGGAGACAGAGAGAUGUGACGGCUCCAAGAGUCGCGGUGGAAUGAUCCGGAAAACAAGGUUUCUAGCCUCCAUCCCUACAUCUCUGCAGAUUACUCCCGAACCUCCUUUUCUGCACCUCCCUCCAAGGUCAUCAAUGAAAGACUGACUCAAUGUGGGAGAACAACCACGGGUCACACUCUGUAGAGUGUAGAGAGGCCCUGUAACACAGCCUGGAAAUCACCCCAAUCUGGGAAGUGAGGGAUGAGAGAAAGGGUGGAGAGGAGUGGAAAAAACUGAAUGUGUGAAAGAAUGAAUAAGAGAGAAAGCCGGAUGAAUAAAUAAGAGAAGAGACAGGGGUGUAUGAGCGAGGGGGAAAAAAAGGGAGAGAAGGAGCAAGAAAAGGGGGGGGGAGGACAAGGUGUGGAGGUCGCUGCCAACUCCAGGAUUCUUAUUGUCCCUUGAUUGAACUGCAGGACAUAUAGAAAAACGUUGAAUACAGCCAUGAGGAAAUCAUACCAAAAUACCAUAAAUAGGAUUUAAAGCAAAGUGGAUUCUUGGAUUUUUUUUUUCAAACUGAGGUCUCUAUUUUGGAAUACCAUACCAGGAUUGAGUGAGUAACUCCGGAUUUUCCAGGUUUUCUUCAUCUAUAGAAGCCUAAGAGGAUAUUGUGGGAUUGGAAUUUCUGCAACUCUGGUUUUUUGACACUGACCUACAUCCGCCUCCUUUUGAUGUGUGUGGGGGCGUGUGUGUGGGCGUGUGUGUGGAGGGGAGUAGGACAGGUUUCAGCACAAACACACAAACCUCCCCCCCUGCUGGCCCAACACAAGGAGAAACACCUGGGGCGAGAUCUGUGCUAAACACACACACACACAUACACAGGCACACACAACCUGGAUAACAUGUGGAGCUGAUUCGGAUUAUAGAGCCGCACAGACGGAAAAGGUCUGUGGCUUGCCAGGCGUUCUACCAUGCCUGUCCCCCCACCCCUCAAUCCCUGCAGACGAAAACACCUGCCCCACACACACCUUCACCCGGAACAAAGGGCAGAAGAUUCUACCUUUCCUACCUCCCUUUUCCCUCCAUCCAUUCACUCUCUUUCUUUUCUCCCCCCUCUCCUCGUCUCAUAUUUGCCCUCCUCAUCCCAUCUCGUCCACUGCGACUGCCCCAGGGCUACGAAAAGAACCCUUCCUGAUUCUGUCCCUUUCCCAGCAUUUCACUGGCUGACACUGGUCACAUGCUGCCUGCUGCCAUCUCUGAUUGGAGCAGGGGAGACGUGGGGCGUGGUCUCCGCCUGUCCCUUCCACUGUGUGUGUCGAAACCUUUCAGAGUCGCUCAGCACACUCUGUGCCGACAAAGGCCUCCUGUUUGUCCCCCCGCAUGUUGACCGGCGCACCGUCGAGCUGCGACUGGCUGACAACUUCAUCACGGAGGUGGGCGGGAAUGACUUUGUCAACAUGACUGGCUUGGUUGAUUUGACUCUGUCAAGGAACACCAUCCACCUGAUUCGACCAAUGGCUUUUGCUGACCUGGAGAGUUUGCGCUCGCUGCAUCUGGAUGGUAAUCGCUUGACGUCACUGGGCCCCAGGGACCUCGCAGGUUUGGUUAAUCUGCAGCAUCUGAUUGUCAACAACAACCAGCUGGUUAAAGUCUCUGCCCAGGCCUUUGAUGACUUCUUGCUUACACUGGAGGACCUCGACCUGUCCUACAAUAACCUCAGGAGGGUACCGUGGGAGUCCAUUCAGAACAUGGCCAGUCUGCACACUUUGAACUUGGAUCAUAACCUGAUAGACCACAUAGCAGAAGGAGUCUUUGGAGAGCUAUAUAAGCUUGCAAGACUGGAUAUGACCUCCAACAGGCUCCGAACCCUGCCUCCUGAUCCCCUCUUUGCAAGGUCCCAGACUGGUGCAAUAAGUCCCACCCCCUACAACGCUGUCAUAAGUCUAAAUUUUGGUGGUAACCCUCUGCACUGCAACUGUGAGCUGCUAUGGUUACGGCGGCUUAUCCGUGGAGACGACAUGGAAACGUGUGCCACACCAGCUCACUUGGCUGGAAGAUAUUUCUGGUCAAUUCCUGAGGAGGAGUUUACUUGUGAACCACCACUCAUCACCCGUCACACCCACAAGCUGUGGGUCCUGGAGGGCCAGCGAGCCACGCUAAAGUGCCGUUCUAUUGGCGACCCUGAGCCAGUAGUCCACUGGGUUUCACCAGAUGACCGCAUCAUUGCGAACUCGUCCCGGACCAGCUCCUUCAGCAACGGGACCUUGGAUAUCUUAGUAACUGUUGCCCGGGAUGACGGGGCAUACACAUGUAUCGCAAUAAAUGCAGCAGGUGAAGCGACUGCUACUGUGGACCUGAAAAUAAUCCCCCUUCCUCAUCGGGGAGGAGCAGGCGGAAAUACAGGGAAUAACAAUGUGAACACCAAGAACAACAGGAACGUGACCAAUGGAAUUUUACGGACUGAUCCAGGCUCCUCGGAUAUCAGCACAGGGAAAAAUGGAGGGAUUAACAAUGGCGUAGGACGUGGAGGAGAGGUGGAGGACGGAAGAAGAGAUGGAGCGGAGGGUGAAGAUGGCGAUGGUGGCAGGGCCUCCGAAGGAGAGAGAGCUGAUGGCGGGAGCAUGGAGGAUGAGGAAGGGGAUGAGGAGGAAGGGAGGAUGGUGGGAGUACAAGGGGUUACAUCAACCUCGGCUCAGGUCCGAUGGGAUUUGGGGCGUUCGUCUGCAGCUUAUGUUGUCUGGAUGUAUCAGAUACAGUACAACUGCACCGCAGACGAGACCCUCAUCUACAGGAUUCUACCAUCGACCAGUGACCGUUUCCUGUUGAAGAACUUGGUUUCCGGUGUGGACUAUAACCUGUGUGUGCUCGCCAUUUUUGAUGACACCAUUACAUCACUGGCAGCAACAAAAGUUCUGGGCUGUACCACAUUUUCCACCAAGGAUGUUUACCCAGCAUGCCGCUCUCUCCAAGCCCACUUUCUGGGCGGGACACUGACCAUCUUGGUUGGUGGUGUUGUUGUGGUCACCCUACUCGUGUUCACAGUGGCGCUCAUGGUUCGUCACCGGGUUUGCAAUCAUGGUGACCACAUGAUAUGUCACAACAGCAACACUGAGGCAGGAGGUGGGGCCUGCUGUCAGAGUGGAGGUGUAGGGGGUAGGGACAAAGGGGGAAAUGGUGGCGGGUGCUACCAAUCAAAUGGUUCCGGGGACAUGAUGAUGGUGGUCCUGCCCAAUGGUCUGCCUUCCAAAAGAGGAGGCGAGAAGGAAAAGGAAAAGGAGAAGGAGAAGGAAGCAGCUGAUUCUGCGUCCUCUCUGCCUCCAAAACUCCCUCCAAAGCCCAGGCCCAAGCCUAAAGUCAACCUGGAGCAGUAUCUUUCAGCUGGAGGGGUAGUUUCAACGACAACAGGGGCAGGACGUGAGAUGGCACUGGUGGUGAGGCAGAGGAAGCUGGAGAAGGCGCCACCGUACACCCCUGAAAGUGACAGAACUCCCCUCUACUACUCCCCUUCCCCUCCAUCCACCCUGCCCCGUCAGUCACGCUCCAGGGACCGCCCUAAACCCCGCCUGGAGAGAGAAUUGACCAAUCGUGCCAGUUUCUCUCUGGCUGCACCCCUGAGAGACUCAGAGCUGUUGGACUGGAGAAUCACUCCCCGAGGCAGGGACAAAUGGAACUCCUCACAGGCCUAUCAGAGUCCAGUAUCCCCUCUAAGUCCUGCCUGCGGGACCGUUAGCAAACGGCGGCACUCGUUGGAUAUGGGCUCCUCUGUUGCCCUAGCAACUGACGCUGCGGCCACUGUUGCCAAGCGCUACGGUGCUGUCAGCUACGCCAAGCGGCUGAGCGUGAUCUGGACGAGGAGGAGCCAGUCACUUCAUGGUAUGCUGGUGCAGUGUGCCUCGACGACAAGCACAACAUCUUCAACAACCAGCGACGAGGGCGAAGGCGGCGGCGGCUUUGGACCACGCUGUGAGUUUCAGCGGGGAUACAUCCACGCCUACAACACCACCAACUCCAACUCUAAUGCUGGGAUCACUAGUGGGAAAGCAGGCAGUGUAAAAGACAGGGGGAGAGAGAAAGGGAACGACGGAAAAAAUGCUGAAGAACUGGAGGAAAGUGUUGUGUAGCGGCCAGUGGAAUGGAAUAAAAAAAAAAAGCUAAGAGGGACAAAGGGUUCUGUGAGAGGACAGUUUGAAUGGGAUCUUGAUUUGACGAGGGUGAAGCGGUAGGAUAGGGAAGAUGAAGUGAUUACAGAUGAGGAAGGGAAGGUUGCAAGUUCAGAGGGAGAAAGACAAGUAAAAUUGACUUAAUUCUCACUUGUGCAGUCCUUGAUUUGCCUGGGGAGAAGUCAAGAAAAGUGAAGAGGAGAGGCGAAAGUGUACCUGGAAGUGAGCUGGAGAUUUUUAAGAGGCUCUUUAUAGCUUGACCUGAGGAGUGAUGGGUGGAAAAAUAAGUGGGAAGAGAGAUGUGACAGGAAAAGCGGCGUGAGUGGGAGAAACAUAACACAUGGCAGUUUUAAAGUGGUCUUUAAAUACUCAAGGCUGAGUUCAAGCUGUAUCAGUAAAACAUGGCUGAUACAAGAUAGAACAAUAAAGUAGUAACAAAAAAACAAAAACCUAGGCAAAGGGAGUGACAAUUCUGAGACGAGACAAUGUGAAUGGUAUAUAUAGUCGCUAAGAGAGGGAAAGACGUAAUCAAAGAGGGGAAAACAUCAACAGAACAAAGGAUAUAUAGCAGAGACAGAGAUGGCGUGAGCUCAGCGUGGAUUCUCAGUAAAGCCUAUACACUAAUAGAACCAGACUCUUGCUAACACUUCAACUCUCCAGGGUCCCAGCCCCCACAACACCACCAGGGUUUACACUGGAUCAAAAACAUCAACACAACCGGUAAUACUGGAGAAAUGCUUUUCUCUCUGACAAAAAUACAACAGUUCAAAAAAAAAAAAAAGAGAAAAAAAAAACAAAAAGACAUUUUGAUGACAUAGCUCUGCUUUGUUGUCUUGUUUUUUUUUUGACUCCAACACUGACGGCCAUUUUGAAACUCUUUUCCAAAACACGAUGAAUGUGACUUUUAUGUGUCCUCUGUGGCUGGACAAUGAUUUUGGCUUGCCAUGCCUGCGGAUUAUGGGAGCAUAAAUACAGAGCCGGGUGCAUUGGACAUGAUCAAUCGAUAUGGGCUGGAAAGAGCGAGUGGAGCACAGACAUUAUUAAAAGAAAGACAUUGGGAUUACAAUGGAGUCGAUAUGGAUUACAAAAUGGAGACGACAGGGGUGUAUGAUGAAACGUGUGUGCGUGUGCAUUUCUGAAAGACAAGAUCAUACUGGAUGUCAGAUAAUAAUGGACCAAACAAAUGAAUAAUACAAAUGGCUGCAUAAGUGUGCAUGCACUGGUGGAUCAGGGACAGGAUGUGUGUAUGUGUGCCUGUGUGUGUAUUUGUGUGCGCACAUGUAUAUGAAUGUUUGUGAGGAGCAAUCCACUCAACCACGGUUGACGGUAUGGCGCUUUCUGGACAUGCUGUAAGAGGAAUUAAUCCAGAAUUUUAAGACUUGAGGUGAUCAAAACGCCCACAGUGAAGUCAAAGUGAAACGUUUAAAGACAUUUUCACCAAAAUCAGAAUAAAUCACUAUUUCCAGCAAAGUAGCAUGGUCAGAAAGCAGCAACCAUUAAGCGGGAAUCAAAAUUUCAAAUUCAUUUUUUUGUGACUUCAGGUUCCUUUGUGCCACAUGGAUUCAUUUUCAAUCCAAGCAGUGAAUGUUCUCAGAGAGGAACCAGUUUAAAAAACAUGAAGCCGCUAACGAUAUAACUCUCUUCAUUGGAAGACUUUGUAAAACUCAACUAAUGGGACGACUGAUCCAUUGGCACAUAGCACAGAGACUCUUAAAAAAAAAAUCUAUCAAUGAGAAAAAAAAUGAAAAGAGAAAACUUGAAAGUACAUAUAUAUAGUAUAUAUAUAUAUAUAUAUAUAUAAAAAAAAUGAUGUUACUUGUCGCACCAUGUGUUUCUGUUUUCUGGGGAAUGAUGUUAGGAUCCAAUACAAAAUAUAAAAUGUGUGAUUUUUUGUUUUAAACAAAAAAUCGUCAUGAUUAGAACAGAAAAUGUUGAUUAUGACUAGGCAGAAAAAUGAAGAUCAAAACAGACACUGAAGAAGCACACACAGCACAAACACACAAACUGGCAAGCACACACACCCCAAAACAGACACACACAAACAGAUGCCUAUAAAACAGAGCCAAUUACAUUAAUAAUAAUGACUUUUAACCAUUACUGUUGUUUCCUUUCUGUUUUUAUUUCAUUUUGCCAAAGUCAAUAUUGUUCUCUGGACUUGAUAUAAAUAAUAAAAAUUACACGUAUGAAACAGA